AUGCGCAAGGAAUGGAGAGCCAAGAAGCAUCAGCGAGCGGCGCUAGGCGAGACAAGCCCCGAGGCAGAGGAGACGGACCAAGUUGCGGGGUCCAGUAGCUCGGUCACUUCGAAGCAGCGCUCAAAGCAAAACGCAAGCGACCGCAAAGCCGCUGAAGCAGCAUACACGCGCAUUCAGAAGAUCGCUUCUCAGCAUGGUCUCGCAUCUCGCCGCCAGGCAAACCAGCGAAAGCUCGAAGAAGAGACGGGCAGCGAGAGAGUCAAAGCAUGGGCCGAGCUCGAGAGCGACUUGGCGAAAGAGGCGCAGGCUCGACGUGAAGCGUUGGACGAGGAGCUUGCCGCAGUCAAGAAGAACGAGUGGGCUAAGCUUCGAGAGGAGCUCAAUGCCUACGAAGACACUCAAAAGCGCGCUCUCCACCAGAGUCUAGAGACGCAGGUGAAGGAGGCGAAUGCGAAGCAGGGCUACCUUGAUCAGCAGCGCCAACAACUCUGUGACGCAGAGCAAAGGCUUGCUCAGCAGCAGGCCGCCUGCGCUGAGCAUCAAGCCCACUGCGAGCAAAGCCUUGCGACGCGCGAUCAGGAACUCAACGCCGCCACCAGCUUGCAGCAGCAGCUCGCCAACAACUUUCGGCAAGCUCUGGACCAGCAAGCGAGGGAAUGGGAGACGAGCCUCCGCUCACGACAAAUGGCUCUCGAAGGUCGAGAGGCGGAGUACAAUCGCGUUCUCGGCGCUGAGCCUCUCGUACGUCAGCGGGACCAUGAGCUUGACGAGCGUGAGCGCCAGCUUGCCGAACGCGAGCGACAGGCUGCCCAGCACCGCUCCCCGCCCACUGCGGAGUCAAGAACGGACAUCAUCGAAGCUGAUAUGGUGCCUGACUUUGAGAUUGUGGAGGUGCGUCGUGCCCCUCGCGUGGAGGCCGACGUUCCUCGCGUCAAAGUUGAAGAAGAUCUGGACUUCGAAAUCGUGGAGCCUCAUACAGCACCACAGACCGACGGCCCCGAUCCACGCGUCAAAGUCGAAGUGGACGACAUGACGGGGGUACAUGUGAGGCAAGAAUCCGAGCAACCGCAGUCGAGCAGCCCAGGCUCGGAGGAGAAGCGCCUCCGGGCUUGUCUGGAGGAGAGGGAGGAAGAGUGCGACGCUUUGCGCACACAACUCUGGCACAAUCGCUCCCCGGUCUCUCGAGCGCUCGCGGAGCUUCAAGACCACUACUGCCGAUUGGGUCAUAAAGCUCGGAGUGACCGCGAGUGGCUUGACUUCGCUAGGAAGGAGAAUUUGGACCUGCAAGCGAUGCACGCCCAGUGCUGCAUCAACAGAGUGGAUGAGCUCACAGAAGCACUGGCGGGAGGUUUCGGCCUUCAGAACUCGGGCAGCGAGGCCGAAAACGAUUCUUCUGCUUCUCAGGAGGCCAUUCCCGAAGAUUAG